AUGAAAAUUAUUGUAUUUUUAAUUGUCUUAUUUGCUAUUGGAUCAACAACUUAAAGAUUAAACCCUAGUGGUUUAGAGUGUAACAAAUAUUUGGAAAAAUUUGGAACUGCUAAUAAUUCAGAUGGAUCGGGUGCAACAAAACUUGCUUUCUCAGGAGAUGUUUACUUCAUUCCAGGAACUGCUAAUUUAAAGGUAAAUUUAAGAUAUUCUGAUGUUGAUUUAUUUAAUGAUCCAAAAUAUUUUGGUCUUGUUUAAGAAGAUGGAAAGUCAGCAGAAGAAACAUGUCUUGAUCUUAAAUUAUUUAAAUACACAUCAAACCUUUAUGCUGAUGGUGUAGAAGUUACUGAUUUAAAAAUAACACCAUCAAACAACUUCUAAAAAUAAUGGAGAUAUUAUUCAUUCAUAAUUCCAGGUGCAGAAUUUAGUACAAGAUUAGUUUAGACAACUAAUUCUAACUAAUUUCUAUACAAAGGAUAUUAUGCUAUUGCUUAUUAUGCUGCUAAUUCUAUUUAACUUUAAUAUACAUUCUAUUUUGAAUUUACAGCCAUUGUUGAUCGAAAUACUGGUUUAUCAGAAGCAGCAUUUAAGCCAUUAAGUAGAAAAGCAACUGCAACAUGUAAUCCUUUUGAAUAAUGUGAUCCUAAUGGUGAUAGUAUUUUAAAAUGGUGCAAAGAUCUCACAUGUACUUCAUUCGAAACACCUGACCUUCAUUUAAAUGAUAUAUUUGUUUUAUAGUAGGUUAUGAACACUGCUGAUAAGGAUGAAUAUUAUUUAGUUGAUACUGAAGUUUGGUAUAGUGGUGAUGGAAUUCUUAAAUAAGCAACUCCACUUUCAGUGAUUAAUAACGUAAAAGGAUAAGUGAUUGUUUAAUUAAAAGCUGAAGUAGUUUGGAAUAAUGUGAAUGUUUAAGUUUCUUCUAUUUUAUCUACUAGUUUAACAUAAGGAAGAAGAUUAUUAACUUAAGUUACUUAUGAUACAUUUACAGGAUUAACACAAUAGAUAAAAUGUAUUAAAGCUGAAUAAACAGAAACAUGUCCCUCAUGUGAAUAAGAAUGUGAAACUAAUGGAUUUGCUCAUGAUGGAUGUGAGGCUUGCAGUCAAUCAAAUUUAAUUCCAUUAUUAAUUUUAAUUUCUUGGUUAUUCAUAGUAAUUUGA